CCAGAUGUCAGCUUGCUAUAAGGUAAGAAAAGCACAAAAAAUAAAGUCAAAUAUAAAUAAUGAUUUAUACAUGAUAUUCAUGGAGGUGAGAUGCACGUACAAAUCUCCCCAAGGCGUCAAUAAUGUAAUUAGUAACAAGAAUAUAAGGCAAGAAGACGUGGGGAGCUGAAACAAAGUAUUAGUCUACGAACGUGUAGGCUACCACCUUAAUGACAAUUAUAGAAACAGAAUCCCAUUUCGCGGAUAUAUAUCUCCAUGCACAUAUAUACUUCUUUCAAUAUUAUAUAUAUCUUCUUUCAUUCUAAUUCCUUAGUUUAAGAGAAAGAAGAAUGGGGAUAUCAUCAAGGUCACAAGUUAUUGCUGUGUUGUUAGUUGGCCUACUGGCUUUGGAGGCAGUGGCUAAUUUUGACUAUGGAGAUGCCAUGGACAAGACUUUGCUGUUCUUUGAGGCACAGAGGUCUGGAAAAUUGCCUCCCAAUCAACGUGUCAAAUGGCGUGGCGAUUCAGGACUCAAGGAUGGUUUUCUCCAAGGGGUGAACUUGGUGGGAGGGUACUACGAUGCAGGAGAUCAUGUAAAGUUUGGAUUGCCUAUGGCAUAUAGUUUGACAAUGCUAGCGUGGAGUGUUGUUGACUUCACGAAGGAAAUUGCAGACCUUAAUCAGAUGGGAAACACCUUGGCUGCCAUUAAAUGGGGUACUAAUUACUUCAUCAAAGCCCAUACUCAGCCCAAUGUCCUCUGGGCUCAGGUGGGAGAUGGAGAAUCUGAUCACUAUUGUUGGGAGAGAGCAGAAGACAUGACAACCCCAAGAACUGCUUACAAGCUUGAUCCUAGCCACCCUGGUUCUGACCUUGCUGGUGAAGCUGCUGCUGCUUUGGCUGCUGCCGCUCUUGCGUUCAAACCUUAUGACUCUUCCUACUCUACCCUCCUUUUAGUGCAUGCAAAACAGCUUUUCUCAUUUGCGGACACCUUCAGAGGUUUGUAUGAUGAUUCCAUCCCAAAUGCUCAAGCAUUCUACACAUCAUCUGGUUAUUCGGAUGAGCUUCUAUGGGCUGCUGCAUGGCUCUAUCGAGCAACUUAUGAUGAGUACUACUUAAAAUAUGUGGUGGACAACGCGGUAUCUUUGGGUGGAACUGGAUGGGCAGUAAGAGAAUUCUCGUGGGACAAUAAGUAUGCUGGUGUUCAAAUUCUACUGACCAAGAUUCUCUUAGAUGGAGCUGGUGGAUCAUACACUUCAACAUUAAAACAGUACCAGGCUAAAGCAGAUUACUUCACCUGUGCUUGUUUGCAGAAGAAUGACGGAUACAAUGUAGCUUUGACUACUGGAGGCCUGAUCUAUGUUCGCGAAUGGAAUAAUCUACAAUAUGCUUCAUCAGCCGCGUUCUUACUCGCCAUGUACUCCGAUUAUCUUUCGGAGAAAAAAGCUGUAUUAACAUGUCCUGAAGGUCAAGUUCAGCCAUCAGAUGUCCUUUCAUUUGCUAAAUCACAGGCUGAUUACAUUCUCGGUCAAAAUCCCAAGGCCAUUAGCUACUUAGUUGGUUAUGGACAAAACUACCCAACUCAUAUUCACCACAGAGGCGCCUCCAUUGCCCCUAUUUCAGUCCAACAUGCUCCUGUUAGUUGUAUAGAGGGAUUUGAGACUUGGUAUCACCGCCCUCAGGCAAAUCCCAACAUUAUCCAUGGUGCCCUUGUGGGAGGUCCAAGUAAAACUGAUGACUUCAGUGAUGACCGGUCCAAUUACGAACAAACUGAACCAACAUUAUCAGGUUCAGCUCCUCUUGUAGGACUCUUCUGCAAAUUGCAGUCGCUUUCGGGCUAUCAUGGUUCUUAUCAUCAUAGAUCACCAACACCAUACCAGAAGCCUCCAGCAUCCCAUCACCUACAGCCAUCAACACCCUACCACAAGGCUCCAGAAUCGCCAAACCUCUACCAUAAAGUUCCAGGUGCACCAGUCACGUUCUUGCACUCCAUAAUUUCAACAUGGACAAUUGGUCCAACAACUUACUACAAGCACAAGGUGGUGGUGAAGAACACAUCUCAAAAGCCAAUCACAGAGCUCAAGUUGAUAGUUGAAAACCUUUCAGGAUCAUUGUGGGGGCUUAGUCCAUGCCCAGAGAAGAACUCCUACGAGCUUCCACAGUGGAUUAAAGUACUAAAACCUGGUUCUGAACUCACUUUUGUAUAUGUUCAAGGAGGUGCCCAGGCCAAAGUUUCAAUUAAGAGCUACCUCUAACUAAGAGCUGACCGGUUAUUGACCAAUUUUCUAGAGGCUCUAGUUACUUACCAAGAUAUUUUUUUCUUUUUUUUUUGUAAUGUUUGAACCAUUGACUAUUGUAACAUGGCAAUGAAGAUGCGAUUUUGCGAUCAUUUGGAUAUAUACAAAAGUGAGUUCA